AUGUGCGGCCAGUCCGUGCGAAGCAAAGCACAGGGCUUUGGUGAGCGUAGCAGAGGUCUGAUGGAGCCUGAUUGUUCCGAGGAAAUUGAAAUGUGUGACCUUCACGAUGAUGACGACUCGUCUGCUAUAGCGACCACCUCAAAUGAACACAGAUCUGUAGAUGCCGUUCCGCGACCACAUAGGCGAACCACUCCGAUGAGCUCAGUCUGGAACUUCUUUAAGAAAGCAGUUGAUGUGGAAUGCAACGCAGAAACUGCUGUUUGCAAUUUCUGCGGUAAAUCACUUUUCAUCCCAAAAACGAGGACAACAUCAAACCUACUGCAUCACCUUAGAAGCAAACACAAGGCGGAAGUGGAGAAGUUUGAGCAACGAGCGAGUCUGAACAAAAACGAACGCGAGAAACAACCUAAAAUUGAGGACGUGUUUAAAAGGAAAAUUGGCAAAGCUGCAAAAGAGGAUAUCGAUCGAAAGCUGAUAGUUUUUCUUGCAAAAGCAUCUCUUCCGCUACACGUCACUCAGUUGCCAUCCUUUGCGGAGCUUUUGCGAUCACUUCACCCGUCCUAUGCCACGCCAAGCACAAAAACAUUGUUAAAGCUGAUGCAAAAAGAAGUUGAUGCCAUUGAUGACGACAACAGAAGAGUUUCUGAGGAUGCACAGAUUGCAAUCACAGUCGAUGAAUGGUCGUCAAAAAAUGCAUCAUGUUCAUUGCUUGCGAUUACCGGUCAUGCCCUGGGAGGGGACUUUUCGAAAAGAAUCAACGUGGUGUUGGACUGUGCCCCGCUUGAGGAGGAUAGCCACACGAGCGAGCUGGUAGAAUCGAAAAUAUUGGAGAGCUUGUCUAGACUCGGAAUUGCCAAAGAGCGAGUGUCAUUCAUGAUUGCUGAUGGAGCAUCGGUUAUGGUGAAAACAGCAUCCGACCUAGGCAUACAAUACAUCCACUGUUGUGCUCACGUCAUUAAUUUAUCCGUGGCGGCUGCCCUUAAUCUUCCAAUGUGCGCGCAUGUUCUGAAGAAAGUGAAGCACGUGGUAUCCAAGCUAAAUAAGAGCGGAAAGUUGAAGAAAAUGUUUAGACAGUAG